GGCAAAUAAAAAUUGAGAACCGAAGCAGAUGUCGCGUGUGUAGCAAGUUUUGCACGCAAGAUCAUGUGGCGACUACUGUUUGUGCUAGAGCUCCUGGUGUCUACGGCUCGUGGAGAGAUUCAGAUCCACUUCGAAGAGGCUCAGUACACGUUCCCCGAGAGCAGUCGUGUAUGCGUGAGCGUCAGACAUGUCGGCGGACCAGCUCCUCGGCGAUUCUCCAUUUCCUACUCAUUUGACGUGUCACUAAUUGGACAGAGAUUGGGAGCUGGGACGCUACAGGGCACGCAAUUGUUCAACCAAGGAGCUACCACUACGACCUUCUGUCUGGGGACGGGUGGGGGGCGUGACAAUCAGGUGUGCGAGAACGAUACCCACGGCAGCAUCACCCUCAUCAACUCCUCGGCCAUUAGACUGGUGGAGCCCUACGUCACACGGAUUACUAUCACUGAUGAUGAGUUUGUGUUUGCCAGUUUCGACCAGCAAGGCUACAUCCUCACAGAGGGCACGAGCAGAAAGGAGCUCUCACUCGCAGUCAACAGCGUACUGUCAAAGUCGAUAACCUUUCAUCUCACUCCAGACCCAGAACUUGAUGCCAAUGGGCCACUGGCAUUACUAACCACAGAGCUUUCCUACCAGGCUGGCACAGACUCUGCCAGUGUCGCUGUGAAGCUGAGAGAUAAUACUCUUGGCCUGGAGCAGCCUCAGGUGGUGUCACUCGGGAUCAUUCUGUCUUCCGCCGAGUGUUAUGACUUAGCCAUCGCACCCACCCUCAUCACCAUACUGGAUAAUGACAUGGUGAAGCUGGGAUUCACAGAGGAUAAAGUGAUAGUUAAGGAGAGUGAGGGAGAGGCCAGACUCUGCGUCUCAAUAACUCCCACUAUUGCAAGGCCCCUCAAUUUCAUCAUAAUCCAUGAUGCCAUCACUGCUGCCAAACAAGCAAGGGGGGGCUCCAUAUUUGGCCAGCUUCCAGCCCACUCAAAUUCCAGUGGCCGCUGCUUUACCGUCCCAUUCCUGGUGGACGACAUCAUUGGCAACGACCGCCGCUUCACUGCUCAGCUGGACGUUGACAGAGAUACCUACCCCACUGGAGUUGUCAUUGAUAACCCUUCGCUCACAGUCUCCAUCCAAGACACCAGCAAAUGUUACAACAUUCUGGUCGACAACAGUACGGCCAAGCUGGUGCUAGUCCCUCCGCAGCACUCCGUCUGUUUCCAGUGCCUGUUUCACAUUGAGACCCGCGAGGAGAGUGACAUCAGCUGGAAGAUUGGAGGACGUGUGUUGCAGUCAGAUGUAGGAGAAGUGUUGUCGAACGGGACUCUCCAGGUGACCAACUCGUCCAGUCUGUUCCACAAGACGAGUGUUGUCACACUCACCUGCAGCAGUAGAGAUGGUGGUGUGGAGUUCACCUUCCCUGUUUUACUAGAAGGAGGUGAAGUUGAGCCACCACAUCCAAGCAAGUCAUCUUCUGCAUCAUCAGGACACUCUCUGAACCAAAAUGCUGCACCGACUCUCAUCACCCUGUUUGUCUGUGCGCUUGAAUUAGGAUUGAUGGCUGGAACGGGUGGUCCGUACGUGUCUGCAGUCUUGUGUGCUUUUGCUGCUCUAUGUCUGCUCCUGCAUAUCACUGCUGUCUGUGGCAGGGUGGUUUCCUACCCACCUCUACCCGUUCUUUUCGCUGAAGGCUCUAACUAUGAUGUAGGACAUCAAAUUGGCUCUGCAUUCAGCAGCCAGAUUCUGACAGUGAUGGACAGCAACUCCUUCUUCAACUCCAAGAUGCUCUCCUACAACUCCACCGCAGAGGGCGGCGCUGUCUACUCCCGGUUCUACCACUCAGUGGCCACCGCAUACCCCCAGUACCUGGAUGAGCUGCGCGGAAUGGCUGACGGUGCCAACAUAUCCUUUUCAAAGUUGUUUCUGUGGAACAUGAUGUUUGAGUGGGAGAUGAUGCUGGAGUCCAACAAAGACCUCCCGACCCCAGCCUGCUCUGAUCUCUACCUCACAUCCGACAACAGAACCAUAAUGGGUCAUAACGAGGACGGUGGUACAAUCAGUGUCAAUAACAGUUUCGUAGUCCAUGCCCGCAUCACUCAGCCAGGCUCUGAUCUGGUGGAGGAGUUCACUGCCAUGUGCUAUGCUGCCGAGCUGUGUGGGAAUGCCUUUGGAUUCAAUGUCAAGAGCGGUGUGGUCUUUACCGUCAAUGCCGUGUUUCCCAAAACUGUCAAUACUUCAGCCAUCCCUCGCAAUUACCUGAACCGACUUGGUUUGAGUGUGGACGGCCAGGAGUUUCUGGCGGCACUGAACUCUGUACCCUGUGCGUCUGGCUUCAGUCUCAACCUCGGUAACCUGGCCAGCCUGACUGUGGCCAACGUGGAGGUGUGGUCUGGAGGAGCAAACGUCUUUCAAGUGUCUGGAUACAACUACCAUUUCAACAUGUAUCUCCACAGUGAUGUGGCACAGUACACUGACCCCAGCUCACAGCACCGACUGGCCAGGGUGAAGCAGCUCCCUCCUCCAACUGACUCUGCGGGGGUCAUCUCGAUCCUGGGCGACACCGGUGACCCCCAGUACCCCAUCUUCCGUACCGCCACUCCCCCCGACUCUGCCGCCACCAUUGCCACUGCCCUGUUUGAUCUCGGAGCUGAAAAGAAGAUAUUUUACAUGUACCGCGGCAACCCGGCCCAUGUCAAACCGUCUCUCGUCAUUCCCCUCCAGUGAACACUAUAUACAAGACCCGCAAUUGGUCAUUUUGUAUGUUUAUGUACACUUCCGCCUAUCAGCCAAACCUUGAAAUAUAAUAUCGCAUGAGUGUGUGUAACAGUGUCUUUGGCCAGA